AUGACGUUGAACGUUGGAACGGGUGCUCCCCCGUCUCUUCAUCAGCAGCAGACACACUCUCCUCAGAUUCUUGAACCAAGCAGUCCCUUGAGACGGUAUACAGUUGGCUCACCCAAAUCUUCAACUCUCAAGCCUGUUGCUUCGCCCGCUCCAACAUUUCCCCCACAACAAUUUCUUCCCUUGCUGUCACCACAUCAAGAGCUCACAAUCCAGCCCCGUAGCUUCUCGACAGAACAAUCUCAACAGACUAGAGUCAAUUCUCAAUCUCGCAAAGUUUACCCUCCCGCUCGACGACGGCAAAAUUCAAAGUCACCAGAGCGAAAUCGAGGAACUGGGGGGACGGUACAAGGGAAUGGGCGAAGGAGUUACCACAAUCAAACAGCUGGUUCAAAACAUAGCACACCGGCCAUGCAAGGAAGGAGGAAUGAAGGAGGACAGUCGAUAGCAAUUCAGAGGCCUUCAUUGAAGUACAAUCGAUCAAAUUCAUCGGUUCAAUCAAGCUCGUUGCCAUCAACGCCCAAUCAUAACCCCCGCCAGUCGAACGGGCUUUCUCGAAGCCCUUCGCCAUCAUGCCCUCUUGAUUCCCCAAGAUCAGCACUAUCAGAACCCGUCACAGUAACCCCAUAUAAACCGCCAGUUAGCGGAUGUAUAUAUGAGACUGCAUUGGUCAACGCACGUAGGCGGAUGCCUUAUGCUCUUGGCAAUGAUAAAAUCGCUCCUGCGAGGCCAAAGCUGGAAAAGUUGGCUCCUGAGCAGGAGGCUAAGCUAACAAAGGAUAUGCUUGAUUUAUUUGAAGUACUAAAACCAGAUAGUGGGAGCAAUGAGAGACGGAGGCGAUUUUUGGUCAAGCUUGAAAGGCUUCUGAAUGAUGAAUGGCCAGGCCAUGACAUAAAAGUGCACGCUUUUGGCUCAACAGAAAAUCAUCUCUGCAUGAGCGACUCCGACGUGGAUGUGUGUAUAACAACAACGUGGAAAGAAUUCAACCACGUCUGUAGGCUGGCGAGAACACUUGCUAAACAUGGCAUGGAAAGAGUUGUUUGUGUUCCUGGAGCAAAAGUUCCUAUCGUAAAGGUAUGGGAUCCAGAAUACGAAGUUGCCUGCGACAUGAAUAUCAACAACACACUUGCCCUGGACAAUACCAAGAUGAUUAAGACCUAUGUUGAAAUCGAUGAUCGAGUUCGCCCCCUGGCAAUGAUUAUCAAACAUUGGACAAAACAAAGAUCGUUGAACGAUGCUGCUGGCGGUGGAACAUUAAGUUCAUACACGUGGAUUUGCAUGAUCUUAAACUUUCUCCAGACUAGAGACCCGCCUAUUCUCCCUUCAUUGCAUCAAAGGCCUCAUAAGAAAAGGCCGCCUAUAAGUGGAGUCGACAUCUCAUUUGAUGAUGAUAUCGAAACGUUGAGGGGGUUUGGCAUGAACAAUAAGGAAACCCUUGGCGAAUUGAUUUUUGCUUUUUUCAAGAAGUACGGGUAUGACUUGGAUUAUGAUACCAGUGUGAUAUCAGUAAGGCAUGGGAGACUUUUGACAAAGGAAGAAAAAGAGUGGCAAUUCAAGCAAAAUAACCGACUCUGCGUUGAGGAACCAUUCAACACCUCUCGGAAUCUUGGAAACACCGCAGACGAUUACUCAUGGAGAGGUUUACAUCAAGAAUUUAGAAAAGUUUACCAGAUUUUAGCAGAGAAAGCUGAUCUAGCCGCCUGCUUGGAACUCUUUGUAUUCCCACCCGAGGAACCACAUCUCCCGUUACCGUCACAUCCGCCCCAACAUCGUCCUAUAUCUAUCGCUCGAAGUAACUCGAGCCAUGUAAAGCGACGUGAGUUUAAUGGAAAUAAUGGAAGGGGCCGAGGACCGCAAUGGUAUAACAGUAACAAUAACCACAACAGCCACAACAACCACAAUAACCACAACAAUCACAAUAGUCACAAUCAUAACAGCCAUGGCAACCACAAUAGGCCAAAUCAAAAUAAAAGGGCUUCUAAUGGGACUUAUGGCGCCCAGUUAUCUCAGCAAUAUCUCCCGCAAGAUAUUUUUGGAUACAUCCAUACACCACAAGACCAAAUCCUUGCUUUACAAGCCCAGUUUCACCAAGCUCACGUACGUGCCCAGGCGAUUGCUCAAGCACAGGCUGUUCAGCAGGCACAAGUCCACGCUCAGACGUACGGUCAGCAGUCACAGUCAUCCGCAGCUUCCAUUAAUUCAUUGGGCUCUGCGCAAAAUCACCAAGACGCUCUUGCCUUACAUCCGCUGGCAUCCUAUGCGUAUUUUGCCCAGCUCUGGGGAAUGAAUCUCUACUAUCCUGGCCCUUUACAUUCCGAAGGCACAUCAACGCCAACAUCCCCGCAUAUUGCAAACGAUACCAGGAGUGGGCAUGGUCGAGGAAGGCGUCAAAAUGGGUAUAGUGCGGGCCCAAGAUCGCAAUCACAACCGCCUCCUGAUAUGUACCCAAACCCAGGUUACGGAAAUGGAACAUCUACAGUUGGAGCGCCUGGAUCGGAGGAUGAAGAUUUUGCCGAUCAUUCCUCAAACGGGAAUCCCGUAACACCUCCAGCAGAGGAACAAGAUGAGUAUGUGGGUUACUAUGACAUUGGCGGUUCACUACAACAUGUACCUGCUGUUGUGGACUCAGUUGAGGAGGAGGAGGAGGAACCUUUUCUAGAACAAAAGAGCUUAGUAGACCGGCAAAAGCGUUUAUCGCAGGAGAAACUACCAACUCCGCUAUUAGGAACGUCACGAGAUGCAUCGGGUGCUCUUCGUUUGGAAAAUGCCUCUCCUUCUCGUGAUUGUUUCAAUGACCAUCGUGGUCCUGUGAUCGUCAAUGGGUCAAUUCCAGUGUCAUCCUCGACCUACACAGAUACUCCUUUCUCAAAUCUCUCGCCUUCAUCGGAGACUCUUUAUUCCUACGAUGGAUCAUCUCCAAGUAUAGAAUGCCAUGGAUCAGAUGGAACAUCGGAUGUAGCAGCCACGGAAUUAAAAGAAAUUUCUGGACACACUCAAUUAUAUGCCCAGAAGCUGUUGGAGGUACAUACACAAGCGGCUGGUGGUCGCCCUGAGAAUGAUCUGACAGCUUCCAAUAUGGUGCAACAACAUAUUGACACCUCAAUAUCCGACCCCAGUAUUCUAUCAUCGCCAAAAGCGGAAUCUCGCCCUUUACAGUUGAUUUCGGAUGAUGAAACAACUGAGCCUAGCAAUUCCACACGAUUAUCUCCCAAUCUUCGACAGCGUGCAGCUACUCAACAAUUACUUUGGAGUAACACUAGAGUCCCAGUAAUAGAUACCUUGAAGCCUAAGGGUUGCGGUUUACCCCAAGAGGAACUUGAUGUACCACCUACACCUGUACCUGAUGUCUUGGCGCCUUCACCGAUACCUAAAAAGGACGACAAGAAUGACGUUCCUACAAAACAGCAGCAUAAAAAUGGGCGCAGUCGUAAGCCAGUCCGAUCUACCAAUAGUUCGGAAAAACCUCCAACUCCUACCGAAAAAUCGACUGCAAAAAAUGGAGCUGGUUCGAAGCAAAGGAAUGGAACAGCAAGUAAUGGCACUAAAGCAAAUGCCGGCCCAAGGUCUGGCACAAAGAAUGGCUCAUGGGAAAGGAUAGGAAAUACCGGCAAGGGAAGAAAGCCAGUGGUUCAGAAAACAGUAGAUUCCGUCCCAUUAAAUGAAAUCGAACGAAAGGGUGGCUGA